CCCCCCUCUCUCUCUCUCCCUCCGCCCCCUCGAUCAGGGCUAACUCGGCCCGUGUACGCGCGCGCGUGCGCCCGACAAUGGUGCCCACUGAGAAGGUCGUCGAGGCCAUCACCUGUCUUUACUCGCCGACCGCCUCGCCUGCCCAGGUCAACCAGGCGCAGGGUUGGCUCGUAUCCUGGCAGAAAUCCCCCGGCAACUGGAGCACCUGCUUCGAUCUAUUGAAAAUCGAGUCCAUUGAGUGUCAGUACCUCGGUGCGCAAACCCUGAAAAAUAAGUUCGAGACCGAAUGGGAGAGCCUGAGUGACGAGACCAAGGUCUGGCUCCGGCAUGCCACCCUGGAUGCGCUCUUCCUCCUGGCGCCGGUGCAAUCCAUUGCCCGGACAUGCCUGGUGCUGGCCUUCUGCACCCUGGCCGUCAAUGCCAUGCUCGAUGGGUGGGAUGGGGUCAUCCGCGAUGUACGCCGGGCCACCAUGGAUGCGGCCCGGCGAUCGACCCUCCCGGAUGCGGGGAUCCUCUUUGAGGGGCUCUUCCUGGAUUAUCUGGCCCUGCUGCCGGAGCGCGCCCAAGCGGCGGCCAGCGUGUCGGAUGCGCAGGCCCGGCUGACGGCCACUCGGCUCGGAGCGUGCGCCUUCCUGGCCCUGGGGCUGUUGUGGCAGCGUGCGUGCGACAUGGCCGCGCCGGCUUCCCUGCGCACGCUGGCCCUGUCCGGUCUGUCGGCAUGGAUGCCGGCCGCCGGGCGGCUGUUCGCUCGGGACACCGCCACCGACCAGGUCCUGCUGGUGGAUGUGGAGACCGGCGCCUCGCCGGCCGAGGCCAAUGGCCUGCCGGUUCCCCGGCCGGCGGACGCGGUCCUUCAUGUGCUUGAUUCGGUGGAGUCGGUGAUGGCCCGGGCCCGGGCGGCGCACGAGCCGCCCGGGCCUCUGGCCGACGAAUUGCGGCUCCUGGUGGAUGCCUACCACCGCCUGGUCCGGUGCAUGGUGGCCUUUGACACCGGGCGCCACUGCUGGCUUCUGGGCGCCCGGCUGGGCCAGCUCGGCCCGGUGAUCGACUGGCUGAUCGAAGCCGAUGCCAUGGCCCCGUUGGGGCUGGUGGCCGAGCUGUUUGUCCGCUGGAGCGUGGACUUUUCCAGCACGGCCCUGGCCCAGGCGGCCGCCGAUCCGGCGGUGCUGGGCCCGGUGCUGGACCUGCUGCUGCGCCUGACCAAUGCCCCGGGCGAGCCGGGCCCGGAGCAGCCGGUCACGCAGCUGGCCCUGCGCGCGUGGGCCGAGCUACAACUGAGUGCGGCCGCCUUCGAGGGGGAUGCCGGCCUGCUGCUGGAGCUAUUGGACCCGGCGUUCGUGCGCGCGGCCCUGAUUCUGGCCGACAAGGCGGCCCUCCCCUCGCACCUGGAUCACGCGACGGCCGUGUGGGAGGACGACGACGAGCGCCAGGAUUUCCUGGUUUUCCGGGAGACGGUGGCCGGCUUCCUGGACUCCAGUCAGCACCUCCUGGUCCCGGUAUUCGCCCAGCAUUUGGGGGGCCUUGUGGGGGGUUACACCGAAGCCAAGUGGCGGGCGACCGAGGCCGCGCUGUUUUGCUUGACCUCGGUCCUGAAGGCCCUUUGCGUUGGGCUGAAGCCCAGCGAGAAGGAUGCCCUGCUGGGCAUCCUGCUGGACAUGCCCCGCCUCCAAAGCCCAGAUUACCCCCUGCUGACGGUGGCCAGCCUGGGCUUCCAGGCCAUCCUCGCCCCGCUUUUAACCCCCUCGGGCAUGACCCCGCAGAUGCCGGUCACUCCGCAGCUGCAUGCCGCCAGCCAGGUGCUCGACCUGCUGGAGCAAUCGAUGGUGGCGGUGGACCCGCCGGUCAGGCUGGCCGCCGGUUCGGCCACCCUGCAGGGCUUGCGUGCCAUCAACACCGCGGCCCUCGAGGCCCUCGGCACAUUGGCCUCGCGGGCUAGCAUCCAACUUGCCGCCAGCCGGCCCUUCGUCGAUCGGGUGGCCGCCCUCUUCCAGCAAGCCAGUGCCCUGUACCUACAACAGGAGUGGGCAAGCCUCUCGGCCUCGGCAUCGGCCACCGGCGCCCACAAGCCUCCCGGGGCCGCCGCCUCCCCGGAUGUGCCGAGCGCUGGAUCGGGUGUCGCGCCGGCCGUCACAGCCGCCUGCCAGGCGCUCAUCGACAUCACGGCCCGCCUGAUCUGCCACCUCCCCCAGGCGGCCUUUCUGGAGGCGCUCAUCGCCGUGUCGGAGCCCAUUACCUCGGCCCUGGACCACACCCUGACCCUGAGCCGGCAGGGGGCUGUCGGCGCCCCGGCCGGUGGCGGGCCCUGUGCCGAGGCCACCGCCCGGCUGCUGGAGCUGCUGGGGCUGCUUUUCCGGAGCUCCACCUCCAGCGCCGAGGCCGCCCUCCACCGGCGCACCCAGCCAGUGUCCCAGGGCCCGGAGGCCGGCACUUCCGGCUGGUCCGACACCCCGGCGUUCGAAGUGCCCGAUGACCUGGGCCCCGACGCCGACCGGGCCGGGACCGAUCCGCUAUUGCUGCUGCUCCAGCACAUUUGGCCGAAUUUGAGCCGCUGCCUGGCGGUCUUCGCCCAGGCCGAGUCCGUUGUUUCGAUCGUGGCCGACCUGCUGGGGAAUAUCAUGGACCGGGAUUUGGCCAUUCCAACCGGGCUGCUGGUGGCCAUCGGCCAGACCCUGGUGCUGACCUUCGAGGCACACCCCUCGACCGGCGUGCUGACCGGCAUCGAUCGGGUGUGGGCCGCCCUGCCAUUGCGAGCGGCCGGGCCCGGGCGGUGGCUGUCCGCUCGCGGCGGCCGGAGUCUCCUGGCCGAUUCGGGUCCGGGGCAGACCCCGGCCGAGGUGGCCGACCUCCAGGCGCACUUCCACUUCCUGCAUGCGACGCUGGUGGUGGCCUUUGCCCGGGCAUGCGGCCUGACCGAUGAGCGCCUGUGGGCCUGGCACCAGCUGGCCCUCCAGGUGCCGGAGUAUCCGCCCGAGCGCGGGGCCUCCGAGGCCGUGGCCCGGCCGCGCAUCGAUGGGGACUUCGACUUUCCCGCGGCCCCGGCGUUGGAUUUGCCCGGGCUGGGCCUCCGGCCGGACUUGGCCGCCGCCUUCUUCCGCUUCCUCGGGAAUGUGGCCCAGCAAAGCCCAAGCUUCUGCCUGGGGCUGGGGAUUUCCCCCGGCCCGGGCGAGGGCCCCGGCGAGGCCACCCCCCCCUGGCGGCGGCCCAUCCAAAAUCUGGGCACCCCCAAUGGGGGGGCCCUCUUCCAGCCGUGGCCCUCGGCCAUUGGCACCGCCAGGCCCGAUGCCGGGGCCCACACGGCGGUGGCCCCGCUGGCGCGGAGCUUCGCCGAUCCGGCCGUCCCGGCGGCCAACUUGGUCUUGGGCCUGGCAAUGCAUGCGCUUGGGCAGCUGAAUGACCGGCCCUCUUUGGAGGUGCUGCUGCAGCUGCUGGCCCGGCUGGCCAGCGGCUGCUUGGCGGCCGGCGCCUCGGAAGCCAUGGCCACCCAUGCCCUUGCGUACUUCGUGCCGAUUUUGGUGCGCGAGGCCCUGCUCCGGGUGGCCGGGCCCGGGCACCUGGCCGCCCCCGCGUCGCUGACGGCCCCGGUGGCGGCGGUUCUCCGACAGUGCCGCCAGUUGGCCGUCGUGCGCUUCCGCCGGACCCUACUCUUCCUGGCCGAGCAGCCGGGCUUCCCCACCCCCACGGUCACGCGCGCGGUGAAGCUGCGCUUUGCCGACGACAUGAUGCGCGGCAGCCCACGGCAGACGGCCGAUGCGGUCCGCGAGUUCUCGUCCAUCUGCCGCGGCGUGUCGGCCGGCGUCGCACGCACCACCGCCUCCAACCCCUUCAUCCGUAAGCUUCUCGGAUAGGUGUUUUUCUUUCUCCCUUCGCCCCGCCCCGCCCCGGCCCGCCCCGGGCCACCGGCCAUGUUCGCUGGGCGGCGUGCCCUCCCGCGCCCCCAAAAUACACCUAGAUCGCACCCCGGGGUCCCCCUCAGUGAGA